GGUGGAGGACGGUGGGUGUGUGCCAAGAAACUCUCCACAAUGGCACAGAAAGACGGUGGGAAGUCUAUUGUGAAGUAUGAGCCAUCGGGUGACACAGUGGCGGUGGUGAGAGAGGACGAGCAGGAAGAUAUGAAGUACAAGCCUCUGGUACCGGUGUAUAUAGUGAGGGAGGGGGAGGUACACCACCCCUCCUGGCAUCAUCAUCAUCCUCCUCCUCAUCAUUCACAGUUUGAUCAUCACCUCCAGGUAGAUGAUGAAGCUGUUGGCCGGAACAACCACAGUCCACUGCAGGAUGAGAAUGCUGGGUACAUCCAACAUACCAUUCGAGAGAAUGAAAUUGUGAUGCAUAUCCACCCAGGAGAAUCAGGGAUGCAAAUGCCAGAUGAACCAAGUCAUGCCACACUUACCAUCCAGGCCACAGAUCCUGCCACCAACACCACCACAACUCGCCGAUUCCAUUGCACAUACCAAGGCUGUGACCGCACCUAUAGCACUCCAGGCAACUUACGUACACAUUUAAAGACACACAGAGGAGAAUUCAGAUUCCAGUGUCGAGCUACAGGAUGUGGCAAGGCAUUUCUCACGUCAUAUUCACUCAAGGUGCACCUCAGAGUCCACGCCCAGCAGAAGCCUUACACUUGUGAAAAUGAUGGAUGCCAAAAAGCCUUCACUACUUUGUACAGAUUGAGAGCCCACCAGCGCCUUCACAAUGGGGACACAUUCAACUGUAGCCAGGAUGGUUGUGUUCGUAUCUUCACUACACUGUCAGACUUGAGGAAGCAUGUUCGCACCCACACUGGAGAGAAACCAUUUAAGUGUGAAGAAGAUGGUUGUGGCAAGUCCUUCACUGUGAGUCAUCAUCUUCGAACUCAUAAACGGAUACACACUGGUGAACGGCCAUAUAUGUGUGUGGAACGGAACUGUCAGAAGGCCUUUACAACCAACUACUCAAGAAAAAGUCAUAUGCGGGUCCACAAACGUAACUCAGAUAACAAGGAGCAGCAGGAGGAACAUAAGUUGAUACAGACACCACUACAACACAACUUGUCCAACCUUAACCAAUCUCCAAAUUCUGUUCUUCCUCAAAAGAAAGUGGCGGAGGAGACAAGACAGGUGACAAAGAAGCAAGACAGUAGUGAUUCAGCGGGCAUGAGUGGUGAUGGUGGAGGCAGAAGAGGAGGGUGUUGUGGAGGACAGAGUGGUGGUGAUGGUGGAGGCAGAAAAGGAGGGUGUUGUGGAGGACAGCAGCAUCAGUUCUCCAAUACAGCUGCUCCAAAGCCUAAAGUUUUUGCAAUCAUUCCUGUGGAAGGAGAUGCAGGAAAGAGUCCUACUAGUCUCACAUUACAGGAUUUCUUGGAAUCUGAAACUCUCAGAUGCAACCCAAAUAUGAAGGUACCAAUUGUUAAAGCCACCGAUGAUACCACAGUUGGUCGUCUCCUCCGAGAGUCACAGACUAUUACAGAUUUGGCUCAGGAUGGUGACAGUGAUGACCGUGGCUUGUUGGAGAAGAUAACUGCUCAUGCAGAUAUAUGCAAGUGCAACCCAUGUCGAUGUGACCCCUUAAGAGGUAAUGAAUGCUCAUGUAAUGCCAUUGCUGAUGCAGAAUCACCUCUAGGCACAAGUUCACCACAGAUUGUAUCUGGAGAUUCCACCUCAAAUCCUGUGCCUACAUCACCUCUCACUAUAUCUCAGACUUCAAAAGAAAAUGAACUUUUCCAGGAAUCUGGCCUUGAAACUCCAAUAAAUACAUCUUCCAGUCAGUUGCAAAGUGUUUUUGAUGUGAAAUCUGAAGAGGUCAGUAAAUAUUCGGCAAAUACCAAAGAGCGUGUAACCCCGUCAUCGUUGUUAGUUACGGACUCGGUACGCUCUGAUUGUCCCACAGAAGUAUUAGCUGCUCCUGAUGUUAUAGAUCAUGCGAGGUCACUUGAAACCCCAGAUCGUCAAAUUUCCGUGGAAGAAUUUCUACGUGAAACGGUUGGCCUCAACUCAACUACGGCAAAUAACCCUCAAGAAUCACGUAGGUCUGUACAGUCAAGUUUAGAAUCUUUACUCCCAGGGCCUUCAGGGCGACACAGCUCAGCCUCUGCUUUUCCAGGGUUAGCGAACUUAGAUGAUAUGAGCACUUUAGCCUCCCCUUCAAUGGAAGAUCUCAUUGUAUCCCCACUGUCUCAUGGGGCUGUGUUCGGUGCAUCAGACAAGUGUGCAGUAGGUGGGAUCAAUCCCUCUGGGGGACUAAAUAGUGAUAGCACAUCCAUGGAUCACACAUUUGAUGUGGACAUGACUACAUCAGAUUUAUCAACAGACUUCCCUUUUUCUUCUCCUAAUAUGAUAGAGGCUUUGCUUACAGAUGACAUAGGGAGUCUGUCUACACUGUCCUCCCACCACUCUAUCACUACUAGCAACUCUGCUCAUACUUUUGCUACCACUGUUACACCAUCAGCUGCCAGUGCUGUUACUCCCUCUGUUACAACACAUGCCACACAACUGGUGCAACAUACUCAACCAUCAACAUCAUCAGGAGAUACAUCGUCCACUAAUGCUAUGAACUCUACUAGUUCAAAGCCAUCAUCUUCAUCUUGCUGUGGGUAUUUUGAUGUUCAGAAGGAGCAGCAACAUCAGGUGACAUCUCAGGAAUGUUGUAGGCAGUGGACUAAAACUAAGUCUUGUUGCUCGACCCCGACCCCCCAGUCACGUAGCUGCUGUACGCCACCAUCCACUCAAGUGUCCUCAGGUUGCUGCACCUCAAACCCGCUGGGAAACAGUUGGUGUGGAUCAUCAUCAACACAAUCUCUCAUAGCCUCACUUUCUUGUUCUUCACAUAUAGAAACAAUGUCAUCAGGCUCCUGCUGCUCAAAUAAAGCAAACUCACCAUCUCAUUCCAGCAGUACAGCCACAAAAUCACCCUUGUCCACUCCAGAUCUCAGUAAUCAUCAAGCAUCAACCUCUCACAAUAUUCAGCAAUCACGACUCCAGAUGUCUUCAUCAUGUAGUGCCCAGCAUCACACCACUGUAGGUGGAGACCUCUCAUCAUCUCAUGAUUCUCAUCACCAUCGCCAAGAUCAUCACCACUCAGAUCACCACUCCCAAGAUCACCAUCACCAAGAUCAUCACCACCCCCAAGAUCAUCACCACCCCCAAGAUCAUCACCACCCCCAAGAUAAUCCCCACCAAAAUCAUCACCGUACAGAUCACCACCACCAAGAUCAUCAUCACUCAGAUCACCACCACCUCUCUCAAUCAGAACACAAACAUGACCGCCAACACCUUAUUUCUAAAACUGAACACCAACAUGACCAUUCUCAAUCAGAAUGCCAUCACCACCACUCAGAACCUAAACAGCAUCAUCAUCACUCAGACUCAGAGCAGCAACACCUCCAUCCAGAGACCGAGCACCAGUCCCAUCACACUAAAGCCGAGCAUCACCACCACCUCCACUCAGACCCCGGUCAUCAACAACAAUUUCACGGGAACUUUGGAGGCGGCUCAGAAUCCCGAACAAGUGAUGCUCGUCACAAUUCUGGGUUAGAUUUAGUACUGAGGAAGGACGAUGAUGAUUCUUGUUGUGUUGUCAUUUGCACCAACAAAUUACAAAUGCUCAGGAAUGUACUUGCCAAAUGUGAGUGUACAGAUCAUGAGCGCUCAGCUGGUCCUGUGGACUUACAGGCUCUGUUGAAUGAUGCCUUGAUGGAAUGGGAAACUUCAGACCCCAGUGGAGCACAGUCCUUCAACGGCACCCACCAGACUACACACAAUCCACAAGCCAGUGAUGCCACUUUAAGUUGGCAGUAGCAUAUCUGUUGAGUGUGUGUUUUUGUCUUGUAGAACAUUCACUUUAUAAAAUAACUACAGGACUGCUGUGGUUUCAGAAAUUUGGUUUUGGUACCUGGUAAGUGUUUCUGCGGCAAGACAGCUUAACCAUGUGCUGGAUUGUUCAUGGCACCGGAGAUGUAAGAUAAAGGUAAUUGUCAAAAGUAUAAAAAGGGGAUAAUUUUAUACUCACUUUGUCAUUGCAUAUGUGAUAAACUACUAAAUGAUAGAAUAUUUCACUGUUUAAAAAGUUCUAAGUUUUAUUACACAUUUAUUACAUGAUAGAAUAUCCAAUUGAUCUUGAAAAAAAUCUAAACAGAGGUUGUUUUUAAAUUAAUUAACUUAAAUGACUACAGUAUACAUAUAUACAAUGUAAGUUCAUAUUUACCCUAUCUUAAAAGGCAGUGUGAUGUAAGACUUAUUUUAAUGCCUGCAUAAUGCUUCUAUUUUGUCAAAGUUUAUCUGUGAUCAAUAUUUGUGCAAUUUUGUACAGAGAUUUUAUAUAAAAACUUUAUUGAGUUAUGUGUUAAGAGGGAACAGUACAGUACUAUAUUACAAUGAUUAUUUAAGGCUGUUUAAGAAAUGAGGAAGCUUCUGAGUGACAUUUUUAAAAUUAUAGACUGAAUUAGAAAGUAGACCUGGCCUAUUACCCCAGCAACUAGCUUUAAACUGGUAUAUGGCUAUGAUCUGUUAUAACAGGGUGAGUCCAUUUACUGUACAUAUAGUACUGGCAGGCCCCAGUUUAUGAAAGGGUUCCAUUCCUGAUAUACCUUUCAAAAAUUAAUAUUUCAUAAAACAAUGCUCAUUUUCCCAUUGACUCCCAUUAUAAAAGCUGAGAAAUGUUCCCACAAAAAUAAUUCCACAAAAUGCCACUAAAUGCUACAAAACAUGUAUUCGGUGAAAAUGUUUUGUCUUUACAGUGAUUUUACAGUAUAAACUGUAUUUAAUAUAAUUAUUUUUAUCAUUUCACCACUUAUCAAUUUACUAGCUGUACAGGCAGUUGGUUUUAUUAUGAAUUAAUAUUUUAUUCUUUCCACUGAUUCAUGAUGAAAAAAGAACAUUGAGUAAGUAAGCAUCUUACAUGUAAAAAUAAAUACAUUAUUUUAGUACAUUUUCAUUAUAACUGCAAUUUUUUUUUCUCAUAACUAAGGAAUUUUUGUUCAUAAAUCAAUGUCAGGUAAAAAAAAAUAAUAAUUUCAAAUACAGUUCAGUAUUCAUAAACUGAAGCCUCAUAAAUUGAAGACUACCUAUAGUCUAUGCCUAUGGUGUUGCAAACCCAGGUCUCAGGAUCUCUGACAUUUAUGUAAAUUACUUAAUGAGCACCCAUUAAAGGUGGCCUUGCUGAGGGAAGGAGGCCAGUGGCCUGUUAAUGAUCCACACAUUGUUCUUGAUACUUUUGUCCAGGACUAUUUUGAAGCGCGGUAUUGUUCUUGAUUCCACAGCUUGGGCUGGUAGACUUUUGCAUAGGUCUACCAUCCUCUGUGUGAAGAAGUAUUUCUUGCAUGACACCUUUGCGAACUUUAAACAGUGCUUGCUCAUGUUGGUGGCAUGUGACAUCAUGAAAAAUUGGCCUGGGUUUACAGUUUUCAUCCCUUUGAAUGGUAUGCUAGCUGGGGGCAAGAUUCCAAUGCCUGUACUGUAUAUGGUAGUCCAGAUGGGUAAAUAUGAGAUACAGCACAGCAAUACUUAUAAAGAUGAAGGAGCUAUUCUUAUACAGUAUUUGUAUUUGAAGGUACGACUUAUCAUUCCUAACAUUCAGUUGGCUUUUUUUUUACCAUUGCUCCUGUUUGUUGUGCUGCCUUAAGCUAGUGAUCUAUUACAACACUUAGAUCUUUUUCCUUAUCAACAAUAUCCAGGAAAGUGUUAUUCAUAGAAUAAUUGUGACUAGGGCUGCUGUAACCCACAUGCAGUCUUACAUUAUGUAAUGUAAUACAUUUACCAAUCUUGUAGCCAUUUGACCAGUUCAUGCAGAUCUUUUUGCAUGGUUAUGACAUCUUGACUUCCCAUCUUCCCAAGUACAGUACUUUACAAUAAACCCUCCCAACACCUGACUAAUUUGUGCAAGCCCUGUCUAUUAUUAGGAAGAUUCCCUUGAUGGAAGGUUCCAUUUUCUUCCAUUCUCAUCCAUCAAAAUACACAUCUUAUUUGGUAAUGAAUAUUAUACAGUAUAAAUAGAAAUUCCUUUUACCUUAAUUAUGGGGGUUCAGUACUUUGGUACUCUUCUUUAUACGCUGGCCUGGCAUAAAUGUGGUAAUGUUUCACGGGAUAAUGCCAAACAACACACUGAACAUAUCGGAAAGAUUCAUUUGGACAAAUGGUUAUAAGUUAGCAAAGGAAACAAGGGGUCAGAGAGACAACAUUGCUGCUGAUGUUUCGUUGCGAAGGAUUCCUUUGAAAGAAAUCCUUCAUGGUGAGACAUCAGGAGUAAAAUUCUUUGACCCCAUGUUUCCUUGGUCAUGGCAAGUGCCUUGUUUAUUGUGGAUGUUGCCCUUUCAAACACUCUUAUCUUAAAGUUGAUGGAACUUGUUGUAACAGAGCAUACUGGACAGUGAAUGUAGCUUGAAGCUUGUGAGUUAAGGUUAGGAGUCUACCUAUCCUUACUAUAGCUGGGAAUUUACAGUCAUAUUUAUUAUUAGCGUAUUAUAUAAUCUGUGUAACAUCAGAUUAUCCAUUAUAUUAUAUAUUAAGAUAAUCCCACACAAUUGUAUUAUGCCUGCAGGAUAGGUAGGUGCAGGUCUGUACUUCCUGGGAGGAUGUGUGUUUUUACCAUUUUAGGAAAUGCACUCAUUGAAUUUCACAAGUGGUUCACUAGUUGACCUUGUAUCUCAAUAAUGCUUACUUGUUAAGUUUUAUAAUUUUACAGUACCUGUAGAGGAUUUGAAAAUCUCCAUUAUGAAAACUCUCUUCCUCAUAGGCUCAAAGAGGAUAAGCUGAUAUCUGAGCUUCAAGCACUAAGGAGGGGGAUUAUUUCUGUGUCUGCUGCAUUACUUUAACAGUAUACCCCGGUCUUAUCCCCAGUUUGAAGAUCUUAACAAAGAAGCAGAUGCCUGUGCACCUUAUUUCUAGCUGGCUUUGAGUUAUUGAAGCUGCCUGAGGUGGUCACAAACCAUAAAUUGGGGAUUGACCCUGAAAGUUCCACUUUUAGCAGGGCAGAUAUCAGGUAAGUUACUCUCCAUCUCAUCUCUUGGGAAUGUUUGAGUAAACUGGAAACUGAAGUAGGUCAUCCUGCUUUACUUGGCUAUUAUCUUGUAGCAAUCCUGUUAGUGUAGUGAUGAGACCCUUUGCCCUUAAGUUGCAGUCAGGGAGGAAUAAUAGUUUUCUUUUUGAAUUAGCUCUUUAAGAUAAGUUGUAAUUUCACAACAGACACAUAUGUCAACAGAUCUGAGACCUGGGCUAUCAGCCCCACUCACUAUAUUGUACUAUAAUUGGAGUUGCACAAUAUGUGAUCAAUAAUAAACUGGGAUUUCAAGAUCAAUCCCUCAUUAAUGUGAUCUGGUACAGUUCUUGCUGUCAUGUUGUCAUAAUGAUGGUGACAACUGAUGGAGAGAUAUUUCCAUUUCUGCUAUAAACAGAAAAUAUGGCUUACAUGUACUGGAAUUUUUCAAUAUUGGAAAUCUUUUCUUGUUGUGAAGAAAAUAUACAAUUAUGAAAAUAUGUAUAUAUAUUUUUUAUUUUUUUUGUGUAAGUGUUAAAAAUAAAUAAUUGACUCCACUAUUACACAGUGAAUCUUGAAGUAGGUUUAUAAUACAGUAAAGUCAAGUGGUAUUGUGUGGCAAAAUAAGAUUGAAACAAGAUCUAUUAUUUAUGAUAAACAAUGAAGUCUGUAUUGGGAGCACCACAGUAUCUUUACCUUGUGUCAGGAUACAUAAAAUGACACAUCAUAAACUCUGGUGUCAAAAUACUGUAACUGAAGUACUAUACUGUAUUAGGUGAUUGGUCAAAUGGGCAUCACUAAUAAUAGACCCCCAACCUAACCUUACAGUUAAAAUUCUGGCAUAACAGUGAUGGGUGUCAGUCCUAAUAGUCCCUAGUCUUAUUGGUGGCCUGAAUUUAUUUGUUAAGUCAUGUUGAGGUCUAUUAGGGCUUGAGCUGCACAGACUUGCACCUCAAAUAUAGUGAUUGUAUUUGUGUGAAGGUUCAGGUUAAGUUAUUUUCUUGUGCAUAAAACACACUUGGAGUUGCUGAUAUGUGUGGGAUCUUCCCUGUUGAAUCUCCAGCCCAAACCAAUAGAGUACAUAUUUUUGUUCUUCAAGAUACUGACAUUUUUACCUUGUAUGUGCUGUAAUAUAAGUACUGUACUGUAUGAACAUUUUUUUGUAUAUUUUAUAUAUUAAAUAUUUCCCCCUGUGUUUCUGCUGUCUACAGUAUUCACAUGUUGAGUAGUGACAGUUUUAAUCCCUUGCUGCUUAUACAGUGAAGAGGUACAGUGAUAUGUGCCAGUCUUCCCAUGUAUACAGUAUCUCAAAAAACUAUCUGUCCAUUCUGUAUGAAACAGUAUGAGACCACGGAUGAUAGGUAUUGGGAUAUGCACGUUCCUGCCCUGUAUAGUUUCACAUAAUGCAAUGUGUAUUUGUUUCGGCGUAAUUAAUAUGAUGUUCAGUUACCAAAUGUAGUAGGAUCGGUAUGCCACAGAGCCACACAUACCAACCCUCCCGGGACAUCACGAGUUGCAUGUAGCAUUUCGGAAGUCAUCGGACCUAUCCUGGCAGAUACUGUUUGACAUAUUGUAACCCCCCCCCCCCCUCCUCUGCUUAAGUUUUAGCAGGGUUACACAUCACAUACAGUAUGCUCUGGAGAACAAUAUUAUUUAAGCUUCUUUGUAUGUUUCUUUUGUUCAUCUGAUUCAAACUCAAGAUGUUAUACUUUAUUCCCCAUUUAUUUUGUAGUUCUAACGUGGUGCUGUUUGUGGUAGCGUAUGCGUUUUACAGACACUUAUGAGACAGAAUGGCUUAGACUUUACUGUACACAGUUUAGUAGAUUUUCCAAGCUCCAUUCAUCGUAAGAGGUGCAUAAUAAUUUUACUUUCUUCCAUAUUCAGUACCUGCUCUAGUAUUUACAGUAUUUUGUCUUUAGUAUAUCUGUAUUGUACUCACUGAAACUCACUUUAACUUUCAUUUCAUUGUACAGUACCUUACUUUUUAAUGCAAGCAAUUGGCAACUGACCGAGUAGCCAAGAUCAUUAAUAACAGUUAGGGAGAUAACAAAGCGUAAGGACUUGAUCAAGCUCAUCAUAAUGUUACAACUAGAAGAAAAGUUAAGAAAGUUUUAAAAAGAUAGGUUUAGUAUUUAUUAAUCUACAUUAGUGACAAUUAUAGCAAUGGAUAACUUCACUUACCCAACAUCCACAGGUUAUAAGAAUUUUAACAAAGCCACAUCUACAGUACUAUAAAUGACAUGGGCUUAUACGAUUAUUUUUGAAUUAAAUUAAAGUUUCAUACUACUGUACCAUUGAUAUAACACAAGUUUAUUGAAUUUACAGCUGCUUGUAGUGACAUAUGUUAUGGUCGUAUAAUUAACAUCUAAAUAGAAGAGAGUGAAUGCAUCAGGCCUUUUAGAACACUUCAGUAACUUCACUCAUGUUUGACUAAAAUUAUUUAUGAUUCUUGUGUUACAGUAGCUAAUAGAAAUGAAUGAGAUGACAAGUACUGUGCGGCUCAUGUGACUGCUACACACUCUUCAUUGCUACUGUGGGUUGGAGCAUUACUUUUAUGAAACCUUGCCACAGUUGUUAGCUUACAGUUUUAUACACCUGCAGAAUUUUAGUCAGCACAGUAUAGCAUUGUUAUCAUGUGUCCGUAAACUUUUGGUUUUUGUGCCCUCAGUUUAGUUUACACGGAACAAUUUUUUUUCUUCAUAUUUUAUGGUACAGUAAUAUUACUUAUGACACAAAAGAUCUUGUUGCAUUUUGAUGUGUUUAUAUCUUACAGUUUCUGGAUUGUGCCCUUAAGUAUACAUGAAAAAUUCCAGCCAAUUGAGACUAUGUUGUGUAGCUGUAGUCAGAGCUUUUUAUUUUAUUUUCUUGCUUUCAGGUGAGCUCCUGCAAAUUGUUUACUUUUUGUUACCUCCACAUAACUUAGCUGAGCUUGUGUACUGUACCUCACUUGUUGUGUGUUACCCAAGUAUGUAUUUACAGUACCUGUAUUUAAUUACGAAACCUUUCACCAUUCCUUCCAUCGUCUUCACACACACUUGACUGCUCUGAAACACAGCUGUCAUUGAGUGGAUGUGUCUAUGUUUGGUUUUCUUUUACAGGGUAUGUAUCAUUUUCUCCCAAUUGUGUGCCUUCAUACAUUCCAAAUUCCAUUAGCACUUAUUAAGUUAUUUUACAAUUUCUGUUGUUCUUACACAGUAUAAUUCUAAAUUGAAUUUACACAUGAUCUGGAGGUUUGUAAAACUAAUUGUUGGCUAGAAAUGAGUUUCAGACAGCAUUCAAGACUUCUUACACAGCACUGUGUUGAUGUUUUAACUUUUAUGAUCAUUAUAGUAAAGCGUUAUUGUCAUAAAUAUCAAACUUGAGGAAAGAGAAAUCAAUGCUGAACUUACAGUUGUUAAAGCUACUUGAUAAUCUUUAAUUUUCAUUCUUGUAAGCCUUGUGCUGUCAUGCAGGGUGGCUGGUGUCUACAAUAAGUUUUUUCUGCUGCAAUAUUUGUGUUUUGUUAUGGUGUUUUAUUUCCAUGGCAAGUAACACCCCAGCAUAUCAGCACCUAGUAUCACCCAUCACCUGUACACUCUUCAAAUAAUCAGUUUUUAUUUUAAUUGGUCAUAUAAUUAGGGAUGAGGGGAUAAUAACAGAUAUAUUAAAGGACAAAGUUGAGGGUAGGAGGGCCAGGGGAAAUU